UCAGAUUCUUUUGUCAAACAUGAGCGCUGCGAAGUAUGGUUGUUUUGCAUACUUGAGACGUAAUCCGUGAACUUUUUCCUAAAUAUCUAAGUGUUUUCAAAAUAAAAACACAAUUGGAUAUCUACAAUAACAAAGCAGUCCAAGUGUUAAUUGAUAAAAAAGUGAAAAGUAAAAAGUUUAUUCAGUAACAGGCAGGUGAAUUUAACAAUAAAUAUUACGUAUCAUGUAACAGUGAGAACUUGUGGUUAUUUUGUGGCUGCAGCGUCUAUUUUUGAUCCAGCGGGCUUCCUUGAAGAGACAAUGAAAUAAAUGAACAAUAUGAGUUGGCUGCGGAGCAAAUCGCUGAUCCUGGCCAGGCAGCUGUCGCGCACCCUGGACCCUCGCCACGACUAUGAGCCCCAAGCCUGCUACAACUCCUUCUGCAAGCAUUGGCAACAGGCACACGAGAUCAUUUUAAAGUCUCAGCCGCAACAGCUGCACGACGAUGUCCUGGGUGUAGUCAACCACCUGGAGCAGUUGACCACGCUGCUGGUGCUGGAGGCUCGUGCCAGGGAGAUCAACUGCCAUCUCAGCUCGGCAGCCUGCCUGGAGUAUCUGCUUAGUGAGAACCUGCUCGACAAGCUGUAUGAAUGGGCUAUGUGCACUGGCAAAUACGAGAAUGCAGUCAAAAAUGAACAACUCAAACUGUUCGGACAUCUCAUCAGUCAUUACAGUUCACAGGUGAUAGCAGCGGAACCAUUUCUAAGGCCCCUGUUGAAACUUCUCAGUGGAUUCAGAAACCAGUUGCCUUCGCCUAGCCUUGAACAUCAACUGGUGUCAGUACUGAAUCAGCUAUGCGUGGUUCUGAUGCAGAAUAUGAAGUUCAUCGACCUGUUCUUUUUAACGACGCACACGAAAAACGGCUCUCAGGCAGAAUUUAUAAUAGGUCGUCUCCUCUUAUCGUCCGUACACCGCGAGGAGGUGGCGGGGUCGGUGGCGCGCGACGCCUUCCUGCUAUGCGCCAAGAUGUCCGCGCGCUGCCCGCCGCUCGCUCAUUGCUUGCUCACGGGGAACGCUUGCCCUAUACUCGCCACAGGGCUAAGUGGACUGUACUCGCUGCUGCCGCGCUCGCUGGGCGACGCGGUGAAGCUCGUGCCCGACGACGUCAACCGCGUGCACAAGCUGACGCUGUUCAUUGACUCAUUAGAGUUCUGCAACGCCGUGGCGCAGGUCGCUCAUCCAUUAAUCAGAAAGCAUCUACUUGAUCUGCUGUACCAAGGAUUUUUGGUACCAGUGAUGGGACCAGCGCUGUUACAGAAGAGAGCGGGCACCUUACAGAGUGGGGCCACGGAGCAGGCGACGGCCAUGUUGUACCUUGAACUGCUGUUGAGGUGUGUCACCCCCGGAGGGUUGCUGCGGGUGAUACUGCAUUUUCUGUUCACGUACGAGUACGAUGGUAUCAAAGUGAUGGACGUUUUGUUGGGACGAUUGGAAGGGAAUUCACAGCUGUCACUAGUCACGUUGUCACUAAUGGAGACACUAAUAGACAUAAACUGCGAAGAUGUGAUGUUGGAACUUAUAUACAAAUACCUGUUGAACGGCAACCAUCUAAUGGCGUCGUAUAGGAACAAACUAUCCGAACCAGAAGCAUAUAGAGAAGCAGCAUCAGCAUUUCUAGGUCUCAGUCCGAACUGCUGUUCUAGACCUGUGGAGAAGACCAGAGAAUGGGUUGAUGAUAUGGCCCUAAGUGGGAGACGAGUCUUGGAUUUCAAAACUAGUGAUGAAAAUAGACAGGUGAAUGGAGUACACAAUGAAAUUGCAAUGAACAAUCUAGUCCAUGAGGUUAAUUUUGAUUAUGGGAAUCCAAAAGAGACCUUAUUCAGCAACUACCACGCUUACCUAUGCGACGCUCGCUUCGAGAUCGUAUCCCGAACGAUAGCGUGCGCCAACUGGAGCUACAAAUACGACAGAGUCCCACCGAAAAUCGAGACUAACAACAAUUCCACUAAAGAUCCGAAAGAUAUUGAUAUAGUUCCAACUAGAGAACAAGACAGUCAUAUUGAUGUAGUUCCGACUAGAGAACAAGACAGCCUUGUGUCACUUUCAACAAGCGGUUACGGUACACUGAAAAACAGUGACACGUCAGACAAAGAACCGCAUAGCUUGAACUCUUUGAUCGAAGUAACGGAUGGUAACAAAGAAGUGAACCAGCAAUGUGAUGCGAACGAUAGCAAAGAACACGACAGUUUGACUUCCAUUGGUGAGAGCAGUGGCUACGAUAGCUUUCUGUUCUGCAGAGCUGAUGAUGCAGAGGAUGAGGGGUUUGCGGAGGCGUCGUUUAUGAAAAGCUUUGUGAAGUGCUGCGAUGAUCGGGACUGUGAUGAAGCGCCUGUUGUGAACUGGCGGGCCAGCGCUGACAGUUUAAUCAGCCCACUCCUCGCCAUGGUCCUGAAGAAGGUGGCCACCAUCCUGCAGGCGGACGUGACGAGCGCCUGCCGCGUGUCGAGCCUGGUCUGCAAGCUGGCGUGCUUCCCCACGCCGCUGCUCGCCUCGCUGCUGCUGUGCCAACAGUUCGAGCUGCAACCGAACGUGCCUUCCUUGUUCCAGAUACUUAGCAGAUUAAAAGAAGAAAUCGACCAGUUGACCAACGGGUUGGCGAACAGCGACGAGUUGGUCGACAAGGCGCGAGUGUUCCUCAUACAGAGGGAAAUGGCGUUGGUGAAGCCGCGGGCGCAGACAAACGACGACAGUCAAACGCAACGGCCCAGUUCGCCGGCGCCUCGUGGCGACGAGUCACCGUUCCGUCGCAUGGAGUCCACUCGCCGCAGUAUCUCCUCCAGCUUCUCCAACAUAUUCAAUAGGAAAGCAUCACUAUCACCGUCCCAACACAACGCGCUAAGCCUUCAGAACUCUGCAUACAACUCGCCCGCACAAAAACGACCACUUUUCACCCAAGAGGCGUACUGGAACCAAUCCAUCACCCUCCGGUCAAUCCUCAACGCGGUUCUACUCCACGAGUGGUUACAAGAACUGUCAGCUAUUUGUGAAGAGCAGGCCUUACGAUUGACCUCCGAGUACUAUGAGAAUGACACAUACAUACGAACACUCGCUUUAUGACUGUUAGCCAAUGCCUCUGAGGGCAAAUUAAAAAAAAAUAAAAGUAUUGUCUCUGACACUUGCGUUUAGAAUCAGUUUUAGGAUGCCUUAACUAACAUAGCCAAUCCGUGUAACCUUGUAUUUUUUUAUUUUUACAACCGAUUUCACCACCGUUUUACGUGACAGUAGUAAGUUUUGUCAUUUGAAGUGAAAAAAAAUAAUUUGAAAAUUAUUUUUUUUAAUACAUGAAGUGUUUAUAAGUGUUUUGAAUAUGUUAUGCCCUUAAUGUAAUGUUAUAUUAAUUUGACACUACAAAAUGAUCAGAAAAAUAAAAAACUUGGAUUGGUGGGUGCCACAAAUACUUUUAGCAACCUGUGCAUCAUAUGACACUAAACUGAAGGCCCAAAAGGGGUUAGAAAUCAGAGUUGUAAAGUCAGUUUAUAAAAAAAAAAUAGAAGAAAUAUUUUUUUUCCUUUUUUCCGCAACAUGGGUGAAAGAUAUUUUUCUGGUCAGCCUAGAGUAAAAAAGACAGUAAUAAAAAAAUUAAUGAACAAGGUUACAUUGAUUGGCAAAGUUGUAAAUUAAAAAUUAAAAUAUCUUUUUGAAAGAAAAAAUAUGUCUAAUAAAUGAAUGAAUAAAAUAUAAUAAAUGAAUGUAACGACAUUUUCGAUUUUAUUUUUACUAGAACGUCUACUAUUUUUAAGUGAAAAAUAAAGCCUUUUGAAACCCUUAGGGGUUGGAUAAAAGUGUAGUGAUAGUAGUAGACUUGAGUAGACACAUAAAUGGUGUUCCAUAGACAAAAUCACAUACUUAAUGUUAAGUACCUAAUUUUCUACAUAAGUUAAAUGCUAAUUAAUUUUAAUCAUUGAAUGCCAUGAACGUAAUUUUGAACUGUGAUUUUAUAAUGUUCAAAAACAAAAUUGGAUAAUUAUAAUUUAUUAUUACUUAUAAUAUAGAAUUUACAAUAUUUUAACAUACUUUUUAUAAGAUUUUAUUAUUUUAAUUUUUAACAAUGCAAUAAACUUUUAGAUAAAUCUUUCCUUUUUUGAAUAAUUAUGUCAUAUUUCUAUUAUUUUUUUAAUUUUACGACAUUUUAUAACUGUUUGUUUCUUUUUUAUUAUUGUGUUAAUUUUCGACGUAGUUAUUGUAUUACCUACAUUUGGGUGUGUCAAAACUCAAUUAAAAUUCAUAUCUUCACCAAUAUUAUUAUUAAAAUAAAAGAUUUUUGUUGGACGAGCUAAUCUCAGGAUCUUACUAUUUUGAACUGCAAUUAGAUAGCCUAUUAAUUAAAGAAGUGUAUACUAUGUUAUAUGUGUUAUAAUUUUACGCGCGUGAAACAGCGGGGUACAGCUUUUAAGAAGUAAAACUACAAGUAUUUGGUUUGAAACAUUUCACAUCUAGCCAUCAUUUAACACAAUUUGGUCCAAGUACCAUUUUUAGAUUAAAGAUUAAAAAAAUUAAAGUUAUAUUUUUGAUAGUAAUUGUAAUAAUAUGAGAAACCACAGAAUUGUGAUGAUAAUUAUAUAUUUUUUUUCCAAUAGUGGUAUAUUUUAUUAUAUAGCAACACAUCCCAUAGCAUUUUCGAAAAACCAUAGACAAAUGUUACAAAAUUAUUAAAAAUAGAUUUUUAAACUUAAAACAAUUUGAGUAUUGCUACACCCGAAGAUACGCCAUUUAUUGAUUAGGUAUACUGUUUUAGUUUUUUUGUAAUAUAUAUUGUUAUAAUUAUUCGUGCAACGAUUAAUGUUUUUAAUGUGCUGUCAAAAAAGUGUUUUGUUGUGUUUGUAAAAGUUAAUUUCGCUAUGAAAAAGCGCUUGGAUUUCGGAAAAUUCCGUUUAUAGGGUAUAUUUUUAUAUGUAUGUCGAUUAUUAACGCAUUGUAUUUUUAUAUGUAUAUCGAUUAUUAAGUAACGUAAAGGUUUUGUCAAUUUCAAAUUGUGAUGAUAUUUAUAUCUUCAUAAGGGUAAUGCUUGAUAUAAUUUUAAAUGUUUGGUUUAUAAUGUUAUAAACCUAAUUAUACCUUUUUUUGGAAAUUAACAAAAUGUAUUAUGGAAAAAUGCGCAAAAUUUUUAGGAUAUCUUUCAAAACGUCCCCUUUCCGUCCACGGAAUAUAAAUAUCAUAAAAUAUAUUUUUAAUAUGCUUAUCGUUUAAUUUGAAGCUUUUUAUAUUUGUAAAUGUUUGAAAUAACUUAAUGUUAUUUUAAACGAAGUCGAGGAUAUAUCCUGAACCUGGUUCAGUAUAUUCUGAUCAAAAGUAGACGGGUAAAAUACUAAUGAAUCAAUGACAUCAUCAUCAUGAACAUGAGUUAUAAAAUGUAAUGUCAACAUUUUAUAUCAGGAUAUAAAAUAUAUAUUUAUUUGCUAUUGAAAUCUUGGAUUUCAAAUAUGCCAGUAUAAAAUAAUAUAUUUAAAAAGCCUGUCGCGACUAUAACUACGGUUUGAACACAUCUAAGGCUAAUUCUACCUAAGUGCAAUGUUUUCUUUAAAUAAUUUUUUAAUGUUAACAAGAUCAGGUAAUAUGGAAAUGAUACAUUAAUUACAUUAUGUACUUGAUUUUAAUAAAUUUCUUACUAAUUUCUUAUCUCAUCUAGUUGUCUAACUAGUAGUAUUUUUAAUAUAAACCAGUUACUACCUUUAGAGACCGCUACUUACUUUAGAUUGAUUUAAUUAAACAAUUUAACAAGGCAAAUUUUUGAACUAAAUCUUUCAUUAUUAUUUAGUAUUCAAAGAAAUCUACAAAGAAUGAAGAAAUUUUUGUUGCGAAUUGUGACAAUAUUUUUCAAUAUGCGUAUAGUCAAUCUAUUCCGAGGAAAUAAAAAAAAAUCAUUUUGGCUUUGAGUGUAGUCGUAAUGUGACAAAUUAAGUGCCUUAGGCUCCUUAAUGGGACUUCAACAGCGUCAUCGGGGGUUUUGGGCGCCGAAGCAUCGCCUGAUGGGGUCCGAAGGCAGAAGCAGGAGAGAUGGAUGAAACGACUCUAAGGGAGUCUCCUCUGAGACUGAGACCUCGGAUUAGAGGAUUCCUGGAAGGGUGUUUUGGUUUGAGUGUAUCAGUGUGUGUGUAUAUAAACUGAUGAAUAGUUAUCAUUGCAGACACACACAUAGCCAAAAUUACCGCAAUUGAUUGACUAUACCACUGAACAAAUCAACCUUGCCAAUCUGUUUGACAAUGCACUGCAGAAUAGAUAUAUUAAAUUAACGUUAAAACAUAAUUUAAUUAGAAUCAUAGCACACAUAUUAAAUCUGAAAGGGUUUGGCAACGUAUCAACUCCUUUAGUUUCACACGCCUGUUCAAUUUGUUGGUAUUUUUAUUCGAACAGAUACAAUCAAUUUCAAGCCAUGCUUGAAAUUGAUUGUAUCUGUUCGAUAUAUUGCGAAGGAACUAUUUGUGAGAUUCGAUUGCACAAGUUUGAUAAAAUGUAUUAUAAAUUAUUUUAUAAAUCUUCAUAUACUGAGAAUAAAUUCGUGGAUAGUGAA